CCCCUCCGCUCCCUGCCAAGGCCGCUGUGCGAGAACAGCCGGGCGCAGGAGCUGCCCCGCGCCAGCUCGGACGACCGACGCCGGCCCAUCCCGCGACCUCUCCGGCGACGGCAUGGAGGUGCACGUUGGGCUCGGCAGGAUCUACGGCCGCCCGCCGGGCAAGACUUUCCGAGGCGCGUUCCAGAGCCUCUUCCAGAGCGUGCGGGAGGCGUUCCAGAGCCCCGCGGCCGGCGGCUCGCGAGAGGAGGCCGGGGCUAGCCACCAGGCAGCUGUAGCAGGCUCCUCGCCCUCCGUCCAGGCUCAGCCCGGCGACCGCUUGCGAGCGUCCAGCCCGCGGCGCCAGCCGCCUCCGCCGCCGCCCCCCGGGUCGCCCUCCUACUUGCCCCUGGACGAGCAGUCGCAGGCGAGCAAAGGGCUGCGGCCCGACGAGCGGGAGCCUCGCGCGGCGGCGGCGGCGUCCGCCUCGUCCUCCUCCUCCUCGUCGGCCGCCGCCGCCAACGCCGCCGCCUCGUCUUCGCUGGCACUGCUGGACCCGUCUUUCCAAAGCUGCCCCGGGGACUUCAAGGACAUCCUGGGCGAGGGCAGCCUCCUGCAGGCGCCGGAGAGCGAAGCGCGCGCCGGCGCCGCGCCGGCUGAAGCCCGGCCGGCCAAGGAGGACUACUUGGGCGAGAGCGCCAAGGAGCUCUGCAAAGCCGUGUCUGCCUCCAUGGGCCUGGCCGUGGAAGCGCUCGACGCCCCCGGCGGCAGCGAGCUGGCGGCGACCCGCGGCGACUGCAUGUUCGCCCUGCCCGGCGCGCACGCUCGGGCCAUGACGCUGGGCGGCUGCAAGAUCGUCGAAGCCGAGGAGGAGGAGGGCGGCGGCGGCGGCGGCGGCGGCGAGGGCGCGCUGGCCAUGGACGUGCCCGGCGGCCACCUGAGCCUCUACAAGGGCUCGGCCGAGGCGGACGAGCCGGCGGCAGCCGCCUUCCAGAGCCGCGACUACUACAACUUCCAGCUGGCGCUCGCCUCGCACGGCCGCAUCAAGCUGGAGAGCCCGCUGGAGUACGCGGCGGCGGCGGCGGGGGCGGCGGGGGGCGUGUGGGGCGCGCCGUGCCGGCGCGCCGGAGAAAUGCCCGCCUUGGCGUCCCACUACGGCGGCCCCCCCGGCCCGGGCUGGCACCCCUUCUUCGCCGAGGAAGGGCAGAUCUACGGCCCGUGCGCCGAGGGCGCCGCUUCAGCCUCCUUCGGCUACGGCAGGAGCCAAGGGCCGGCCGGCCAGGAAGGAAGUGACCUGCCGUCCGAGAUGUGGUACCCGGGAGGCGUGGUGGGCAGGAUGCCCUUCGCCCCUGCCCCCGGCUGCAUCAAGACGGAGCUCACCCCUUGGAUGGAGGGCUACGCGGGGGGCUACGGAGACAUGAGGUUGGAUCCUGCAAGGGACCACGUCCUGCCCAUUGACUAUUACUUCCCACCACAGAAGACAUGCUUGAUCUGUGGGGAUGAAGCUUCUGGAUGCCACUAUGGGGCUCUGACCUGUGGGAGCUGCAAAGUCUUUUUCAAAAGAGCUGCUGAAGGUAAACAGAAGUACCUGUGUGCCAGCCGGAAUGACUGCACCAUUGAUAAGUUUCGAAGAAAAAACUGCCCAUCCUGCCGCCUGAGAAAAUGCUAUGAAGCAGGCAUGACUCUUGGGGCUCGCAAGUUGAAGAAACUGGGUAACCUGAAGUUGCAAGAGGAAGGGGAGACAGCUGACCCAUCAAGCCCCACGGAGGAGCAAGGCCCAAAGGUGUCCAUGGCCCAUGUGGACGGCCUGGAAUGCCAGCCGAUCUUCCUCAAUGUCCUGGAAGCAAUUGAGCCUGGCAUGGUUUGUGCUGGUCACGACAACAACCAGCCCGACUCCUUUGCUGCCCUCCUGACCAGCUUGAACGAGCUUGGGGAGAGGCAUCUGGUGCAUGUGGUGAAAUGGGCGAAAGCCUUACCAGGGUUCCGUAACCUGCAUGUGGAUGACCAAAUGGCAAUAAUUCAGUACUCUUGGAUGGGCCUCAUGAUUUUCGCAAUGGGAUGGAGAUCAUUCACCAAUGUGAACUCUCGGAUGCUUUACUUUGCUCCAGACUUGGUCUUCAAUGAGUACCGGAUGCACAAAUCAAGGAUGUACAGCCAGUGUGUGAGGAUGCGACAUCUGUCUCAAGAAUUUGGAUGGCUUCAAAUCACUCCCCAAGAAUUUCUCUGCAUGAAAGCUCUGCUCCUCUUCAGUAUUAUUCCAGUGGACGGCCUGAAAAAUCAGAAGUUCUUCGAUGAACUUCGGAUGAACUACAUAAAGGAACUCGAUCGUAUCAUUGCCUGCAAGAGGAAGAAUCCCACAUCCUGCUCUCGACGUUUCUACCAGCUCACCAAGCUCCUUGACUCUGUGCAGCCGAUCGCCAGAGAGCUGCAUCAGUUUACAUUUGACCUCUUAGUGAAGUCGCACAUGGUCAGUGUGGACUAUCCAGAAAUGAUGGCUGAGAUCAUCUCAGUGCAAGUCCCAAAGAUCCUCUCUGGGAAAGUGAAGCCCAUCUACUUCCACACACAGUGAUGGAGAGAGGCGGAGGGAGGCCUCAUGGCCAAGGCCCAGGUGCCAUCGCCUGCCUGGUAUCUCUGCACUAUGCACUGCAGUGCCUUGGAAUACUGUAUGCUAUGAAGAUAUACAGUCAUAACAAAUAACUCCCUGCUGGGGUUUCUUUCAGUUUGGAUUUUCCCUUUUUCCCGGGCUACCAUUCGAGUGGCGUGUUGUCUGCUCUGGUGUUUGCCUAUUUUGAAUAGCUCGUUACGUGUGUGAAUCCUGGCUGCCCCCCUCCCCCCCCUCUUUCUUUCGGUGUUGUGGCCUCUGUGCCAAGCGGUACUUGUUUACGUUCUUGCGCUUGUGCAUUUCCACAGUGGCUUUUGUGGCAUGGCGCCACCACGGGAACCGCUCGUUUUUGAAACACACACGUCCACCUCCUUUUGGUUGUCGUCCGUGCUGUUGUUUAUUUCAUUCUCUUUUUAAAAAACAAACCCAGGAUGACAAGCAGGUUGUUAAACUUAAAUACUGGGGUUGGGGGAGAACUUCAUAUUGGGAUGUGGUGAUUUCCUGUACUGUUUUGAGCAGCUCUGCCUUUAUGUUUUUCAACUGGGCCAAUCUCUCCAAGAUGCAGGAGAAAUUCUGUAGUGUGUCCAAAGCAGAAAGUGAGAGAUGUGAAUUCUGUACCUCAAAACAGACAGAAAAAAAUGUAAAAUAAAUAUGAUUGCAAAAAAGAAGAAGGAAGGAAGGCAUGUUGCCAUAGCUGCGGGCAUCACACAGAUUCAGAUCCCCCAAGAGUGCGCCUGUGCAAAGUGGGCAGUAUUUCUGCAUGCCAAGAAGCCCUCUCCCUGUUCUUGCUCUGACUAUGCACGGAGAGCCGCCAUGUUCUUGUUGCUCAGACUGUUGACAUGAGCAUCAGCCCAGCCAGCCCACUGGCUCAAACACACCCGCAGUGCUGUGUAGCACCCUGCCUCGAUGUUUAUGCUGGUAGAUUUGCAUUUCCACUUGCUUUGGAGGUGCUUACAGCAGCUUUUAUUUAACACAAAGUGCCCAAUCCAUACGGUGGUUCUUGUGUUCAUAAAAAUGACACAAACAUUAAGAAGGGCUGGAGGUUCUUCUCACCUUCCCAAUGCCCUGAGAUUACAGGGGGCUGUUUUACAAGGGUGUUUUUUCUCCUUCUGUGGACCAUGAGCCAAAACUAAAAAACUUGCCCAAUGAAUGUGAACACAUUCCAGUUUUGAGCAUUUCCUUCUUCAUGUUGAGAAAGAUGCUCUCCUCUUGAGAAUGCAGCCCUUUGGUUCUCGGUGCUGUCCGUCCCACGGUCCAUCUGGCGCGCUCCUCGCCUGCACCGCCAGCCUCAGAUGCCUCCUCUUAGCUCUGCCUCCCACUUAACGUAGCUCACCAGAGGCAUCUAAAGACCUUCUUGUGUGACUUGUUCUUUCUGAAUGUGGCAGAUGAAGGUCCCAGAAGCAAAGCAAAGCAGAAAAUCUGGGCCUUUGGACUUACUGAGAAACUGCACAUUCCAUUGGGGAAUGUUUUUUUAAUGACAUCUAAUUCCUGGCGCAUUAUUGUACAUUGUAAAGAGAACAUUUACAGGGGCCCUUCUCUUUCCUGUGAUUUUUGUUAGAGUGUAGUAGAGACUGAUAUUUGCCAAAAGGAUCAUGGAACCAAGCCCCCAAAACUUUGUUGUGAAAAGCCAUCCCUUUUUCUCAUCAAGCUGUGCUAGAAUCCAUGCAGCCACUGACCCUAGAAUCUCACAGGUUGACACAAGAAUUCUAAGCUGCCAUCUUGGAACAGUCAGGAUUAUUUCAGAAAGAAAUAUAUGUGGGUAGCUUUGUAGGAGAGAAAAAACAUGAUUUGGGUCAUGCUUUGGACUUCUCAAUUGAAUGUGUGAAAGGUCCACUGGUUUUCAGAAGAAUGCCAUCCGCAAUUGCCUUGUCCCCUUCCCCAUACCCCCACCUCAUGAGUCCCCUCUUCUAAGCUCAUCCUGCCAUCUCUGGAGUAUAACAGCCAAUUGUUUAGCCUAUUUGAUUUCUAUAAAGUUGGAUAAGAAUUGUUAUGUGCCAUCUCACCAUCUCCAGGUACUGAUAUUUGAAGAUGGCUUGCUUAAAGUUUGGCCUGUUCAAUGAAAAUUACCCAUUUCUGUGGCUUCGAAGGAUCUUGUGUAUCAGCAGAAGUACCUCAGGAUUCAAAUUUAUGCUUUGUAGAGAUGCAAUGUUAAAAUCGCCCCCAAAAUCCAGUGCACCCCAACCCCACCGUAGUGAUAUGGUUUGGCUGAUUUUUCCCAGUGAUAUCAUCCAUUUCUUUGUUGAAUUAUGUUUGGAAGGGUGGUGGUUGUUUUUAAUAUUGAAGCUGUUUAGGAGCUGCACUUCUUUUGGAAGGAGAGUUGACUCAAAGUCUUCUUUUUUUUCAUAUUGUAAUGUUGAGAAUGCUGCGAAAGGGUUUGCCUUGUCCCAACCUUGCUCAGGCUACCUCAAGAGAUGGUAGAUAACUUGGAAGUGACAAUGCAGCACUUUUUCCAUGAAUGUAAUGCCUGACUUUGGAUACUUGGUGUGGGAACAGACCUUUCUGCAUUCAGCAGAAGUACUUAAAAUUUCUUUCCACUCUGAAGUACCCACAUCUUUAAAUCUAAUUUUGAUUUACUAUUUUUCAUGCCAAUACGGUGGAGGAGCCUUUGCUUAUUGCAGCCCAUGAGGGUCUUUGCAUCAUGACUGUGUUUUGAAGAAUGUCUGAAAGGUCAUUUCAAAACACCUGUAAUGAAUAACAUGUAAAUAUAGGGGUGGCGGGAGUGGUGGUGGUGGUGGUGGGUUAAGUAUUUACUUUCUUUGGUUUAUAUACAGUGUGCAGUAAAGAGAAGCAGCUUGAGAAAUGCCAAAAACAUUGACAAUGUUGUAGCCAUCAAUCCUUAUUUUUAUUAUGCAUUUUAUGCAUUAUUAUAAUUAUGCUUUUAAAAAAAAAAGUGUACUUACGCUUGAGUACAUUCUGCUCUGCCAUGUGAAAGUUGCCCUUCUUAACACAACACAGGUAGUUUAGUCAUUUCAUUGUUCUGGUUUUCCCUUAAACUCAUAGGGUUGCGAACAGACCACUAUCUCCUCUUCUCCACUCUUCUUCUGACAAAAUGACUGUGCGGGGAGGGGAGGGCAGGGUGAGGGAAUACACUCAGCAUUUCCUGAUGCUGUUGCAUGCCUGAUUAAGAAGAAUGUAGCCGGUAUUUGUUAGUUCAUGGUAAACAUGGCCAUGCAUCACACCCUCCCCAGCACAUCCAAAUGAUCUGUUUCAUGUGACUCUUAACAAGGCACAAGCCCACAUCUUUAGAGGCACACAUCACACUUCCUUCACAAUUAAUUGUGUUUACUGGGACGUACGAGUGUGUGCAAAAAAAAUGUGUAAAGUGUUAAUUGUCCCUUAACUUUAUUCUGUUUCUGAUCGUUGUCCAAAGUCUGCUUCGGUUUUGUGAAAGCAGAAUAAGAAUGUUGCUUGAAGACACUUGAACAAAAUUCCUAUUGAAUUUUUGCUAAUUGGAUAGAAACAAAGAAAGGACUCAUAUAUUUGCUUCUAGUUGUGGGUACAACCUUUGAUGACAACAUUCCUCUAUCAUAGAGUUGUUGGAGGGAGGGUGUUUUAAAAUUCUGGACUUUCUGCACUAAAAGAUGCCUUAUUUGUUAUUUAUUUCCGUCCCUCCUUUUCCUAUUAUUCUGCCCAAAAUUAUCCCAGGAGUUACCUUUUGUAUGAAGCACCUUCUACGAGUUAAGCUAUUUGUGUUGUUCACUUGCAGCAGUUUUUACCCAAAGAAUGCAUUGGUAGUAUUAUUACCAAAGAAUGUUCAUUUAAAAUGGGGGAAAAAAAAAAUUUCAGGCCUUGUUUCUCUACAAUACAGCACCGGGAAAAAUGUGAUCAGUAGGGAGGGGGAAGCUCAUUUUUACCUUUUCUGCUCUUGUAUGUUUUUUGAAAUCUGAUGGUGUUCACCGGCAUGUUGGAUUCAGUUGCUAAGUUUGAUAUAUCUAGAGCUCCAGAAGAUCUCUACUGUAGAGGGGGUUGAACUUUGGUUUAAACGAACACAGUUUGCACUAGGGAGUAACAAAGAGAAUGUCCUGUUUAUGCUGCCAUCUGAUGGCACUGAAGCACCUCUACCCAGGUGACAGGUAGGGUGUGUGUGGGGGAAAUCCUUUGUUACCAUAUAGUGUGUUGGUUUCUACAGGACACCCUUAUUUUGGGAUGCAUACAAAAGCUGGAAGGCAGGAGAUUAUGUGCUAUUUUAAUAACCAACUUAGAGCGCAAUCAUACGGCCGUAGAAUCAUUCAUUUUCUUGGCUCUGAAUUCAGAACCAGGGCUCUGACCUUGGAGCCCAGAAACCACUCUCCUUGCUCUGUUGUAGCUGAUGUGGUUCUCAUCAUGCCGGGCAGAUCUCCACACUCAGAACAGGAGUGUGGAGAGAUGGAAAAGGGAGAAGUCCCGGGGGUGGGAAGCUGCCUGGCAGACAGGCGUAAUCAUGUAUCCAGGCAAAAAUGCAGGGUGAUGGCCAGAGCACUGAGGCCAGGAUCGCCUCCAUGUUCUGGCCACCUUGCAUUGCAUACUAGGCAGCCUCCAACUUCAGGGGCUGCUGGCUAUCGAGAUGGGAGAGCGCCUUUACCUAAUGUUUGCCCCCUUUGCUCUGCAACCUUCUCAUUUGCAUGUGGGAACGCUUGCACCUUGAAGCAAAACAAAAGAUGUCUGGGAUGGAUUGGGGGGGGGCAGUAGCAGGGAGAUUCCACUGGCCUUAUUGGUCUUGCUGAAAGAGUAGCAAUCUUGGGCUUUAGUUACAGACCAUGCCAGAAGGUGCUACCAUGAAGCCUGCAGAGCAUUUUCAAUCAGUUUUGGAGAGGUUCCAUAAAAAUUGUGGCACAUUUUUAGACAACCCCCCACCCCCGGAGCAUUGUUAAUCCAUCUAUGUAUUUCUUUUUUAAAAAAACGAAGUCUUCAUAUACAUAAGGAUGUGGUUUUGUUUCAUUGUUGUUGUUGUUGUUGUUGUUGGGUUUGUUUUUGUUAUAUGUUAGGUGCGGAAAUCACCUAACAACGCCCACAGUAGGUAGGUGGGUUGUGAAACAAGGUAAAUGGAAUUGUAGAGUUUUCCAUUGUCUUAAUGUAGCCAAAUAAGCUUGCGACGGUAACAAAAUAUCAAAACCAGCAGAACAGCUGAAAUGUAUAACACUUUAGUAAAUGGCAGGAGGGCGGGGUGGGGGGUUGUUCUCAGCUUUGAGGGACACUACAGGGGUGUUUAAAAACUAUAGGUGAAUAAAAGCCUGCUUCUUUUGCUCUGUCUCCUGCCAGCUCCAUUAGGCACUCUUUGUCCUGGCCUGGAGUGUCCCUACAGGAAGGACCGUGCCUUCUUUCAGCCAGUUGCCUUUAACUAAUUGUGCCAAAACAGCAACAACUAAUGUUUUUUUCUGCUGAAAGCAAUGGGGGAACUUGGUGCUGACUUUAUAGGGGCUGGCAUGAGACACCCACAGACAAAACACAGAAUCACACACAUUGAUGGAGACGUUGGGUGCAACUCACCAGGUGUCCUUGAAAUAGUGUGUGGCAUUGCAUGAGAAACGUUCCUCAGUGAAUUGUACACUUCAGAAACAAAAAGAAUUGCAAAGACGACCCAACUCCAAUUCAGAGGGUUUCUGAUAAACCAAGUGGGGAGGAAGAGUUAAACAGUUUAAUAUGAAGAAAGUUAAAGACAGAUGUAAAAGCUUUUGUUUCUGACUUAGUCCAUGGCUGGUUUCAAGGGAGAGGUCUCAGCUAUCACUGGACACCAGGGCAAAUUUCAUGCUGUAAUUCAGUUGUCUUUUUUCUUCUUUUUGUAAUCUUGGAUUCUAUUGUCGCUUCAAAUACAAUAAAAAGGCAAAACUUUGGUCGUUGGAA